CCCUUGCCUUCCUGUUGGCGCUGCACAGGGAAGAAGCCGUAGAAGAAGAAUCGGCAUUGUAAACACAGGGGAUAUGGCUGACGAGGGAGGCGGAGGCGAAGAUAACGUUAACAACAACAUGGGGAACCACCUGCAGCUUCUAGCAGACAACGAGGAAGAAGAGGAGGAAGAUAACAUGGAGACUGAGGACCGAGACAGCGACGAGGCGGAAAAGCCCAACGUGAUCACCUUUGACCCCAGUCUUCCCACAUCUCAUGCUUACCUGGGUUCAGACAUGGAGGAGUUUCACGGGCGCACAGUGCACGAUGACGACAGCUGCCAGACCAUCCCUGUGCUGCCUCACACAGCCGUGAUGCUGGUACCGGGUCAGACGCUGCCCCUGCAGCUCUUCAGGCCGCAGGAAGUCAGCAUGAUGCGUAGCGUUAUUCAGAAGGACCGGACCUUUGCUGUACUUGCUCACAGUGAUGCCGCAGAACCGGAGGCUGAAUUUGGAACGACGGCAGAGAUAUACGCAUACCGGGAGGAGCAGGAGUAUGGCAUUGAAACUGUGAAAGUGAAAGCUGUUGGGAGGCAGAGAUUUAAGGUCCAUGAGAUAAGAACUCAAGCAGACGGAAUCAAACAAGCCAAAGUGCAGAUCCUCCCAGAACGAAUCCUGCCAGACCCACUCUCUGUCGUGCAACUGACGUCCUUGUCCAGGGUCCACAUGUCUCCCGCCUCCAAACUCCGAGCUCAGAGCUGUAAACAGGCUCAGCAUUGGUUGAAUCAGCAGAGGAAGUUUCACAGUGCCAGCCUGACUCCAUGGCCACCCUGGGUGUACUCCCUCUAUGACUCUGAGUCCCUCAUGAACAGAGUAAAGAAACAGCUCCACGAAUGGGAUGAGAAUCUAAAAGAUGAUUCGCUCCCGACAAACGCCGUAGACUUCUCCUACAGGGUGGCUGCCUGUCUGCCCAUAGAUGACGCUCUGCGGCUCCAGCUGCUCAAGAUUGGCAGCGCCAUCCAGAGACUCCGCUGCGAGCUGGACAUCAUGGACCGGUGUACGUCGUUGUGCUGCAAACAGUGCCAGGACACAGAAAUUACUACAAAGAAUGAGAUCUUCAGUUUGUCCUUGUACGGUCCCAUGGCUGCAUACGUCAACCCUCACGGUUAUGUUCAUGAAACUCUGACUGUCUACAAAGCCAACAACCUGAACCUGGUCGGCAGGCCAUCCACACUGCACAGCUGGUUUCCAGGGUACGCCUGGACUAUCGCUCAGUGCCGGACCUGCGGCUCUCAUAUGGGUUGGAAGUUCACAGCCACAAAGAAGGAUUUGUCUCCGCCUCGCUUUUGGGGUUUGACCCGUUCAGCUAUGCUUCCCCGCAUCCCACAGGGAGAAGGCGAGGAAGGCAGAGGAGGUUCCCGCCUCUUUUGUGUGUGACUUUAAACCACCCAGCCCUCCUUUUCCGGAAAAAAACAAGCCUCCCUGAGCCUCAAUCUCCUGUCAGUGUUUAGCUACAAAUACUUUCUUUAUAGUCAUCAGUGCAUCACAGCAGCUGUCAUGUCUGGCGAGGCAUCCGUCACAUUAGUGAAUGGAUUCUAUAAAUUAGAAAUUCAGGGUAGAUUUUAUGGCGGGGGGUGGAAUGAUGCUUUAAAAGGCUCUUAAACUGUGACAGCGAGAUGCUGCCAGUGAAAAAGAGAAGGAGACUGAUCUACUGGGUAGAAUGAAAAACGUGUUUAAAAUGCCUGCAUGCAGCAGUCACACAUCUAGCAGUUAUCUCUGUAUUCAGGGAGGCUCAGACACGUAAUUUUGGCUGAUUUCAUUGUGCUUUAUGAUCUCAACUGUUCUCUUCCAGCAUUGUAGAGUUUAAACUGCAUCCAGCUGGCGCCUCUCUACUGCAGCCACUUUAUUCAGUGAACUUCAUCUAUUAUAGAGCAGCGAGGAGAAGCCAAAUGACCUGAAGUUCUUCUCAUUAAAUUAGGAUAUCAUUGUAAAGUUUAUUUAUUUCAGUGAUUCUGUGAUUAUAGAUUAAGCACAGUGAUUUAUUUUGUCUGUUUAUUUCUAUCAAUGUUGAUGAUUUUGGCUUAUAUAGUUUAUGAAGAACAUUCUAAGAGAUAAGCUUGAAAUAAAUAAAAAUAAGGUGAAAGGAAAGCAGAAAUGUCUGUUUGCUUAAAGGUUUGCUCAUGUGCUGUAGAGUAAGUUUGCUCAGUACUUGGUCAGGGGUCCUUUUGCAUCAGUUGGUGGAUUAAUGAAGGCCUUCAGGUCUUAAGGAAACUCGAGUUGCUUGGAGAAAGGUAUGCAUAUAUUCUACUACUUCAUCACCCUGUCAAGGGCGAGGUCCCUGCCGCUAAUGCACCUUUUCAUCCAUAAUUUUUCCUUCCACCAAACUUUCUGUGUAGUUCCUUGGAUCAGGCGCUAUAGAAGCAGAGUAUUCUGCAAUUAACCCUUUUUUGCUAAUCUUCUGUAAUAGUGAAAUCUAUACUAGGGUUAAAAAAAUAUUAUAUAUUUAAAAAAAAAAUCAUUUUUUCUUUUUUUUUAAGUAUUAAAUGUUUUAAAUUUCUAUAGAUACUUUAGUGUUUCUUAGCUUUAAGCCAAAAUCAUCAAAAAUUACAGAAAUAAACACUAAAUAUUUUUGCUGGGUGUUGGCUCUUUCUCGAUUCAGUUAUUGAGAUAAACAAAGUUUUCAACAAUAUUCUAAUUUAUUAAGAUGCACUCCUGUAUGUGUAGAUCUGUGAUAAGGGGCUAUUUUUGAAAUGCUAGAUCUGAUGUAUUUUUGUAUGCAAGAGGUUUUUUGGGAUUAAUUUCACAUUUGUGCUGAUUUGUAAAGAACCUGUAAAGGUAUUUUUCUUUUUUUUUAAUCAAAACAAAAAUCAGAGAUGUUAGUAUCAAUGGUUGUAAUUAUGUUUAAUGUACCUGAUUAAAAUCAGCUUGUUUUGCAUGUAACAGUGGGUGGUUUUCCCAUCUGAUGAUAUGCUUCAAGGAGGGAGCUUUACCUGAACGUUAAAUAUGUUUCAGGGCCUCAGAGUGGACUUUGUAUAAAAGUCAAAGCUGAUUAAAACAGAGAGCAAAGCGGAGUGUGGCAUUUUAAAAAUCUCUGUGCCUGUUUUACUGCUUGCUUUUCCUUUUAGUUGCUUUGAACAAAUCUGUGAAGCAGUCCUGAACGCAGGCAGAUAAACAGCACCCCGGUGAUAAGAUUCACAGCUUAUUGCUUCAUAGUUUCUCAAGUUUGUUUUCCUUCAGAUUCUGCAGCUUUACAGCAAAUCCCCAGGUCAUUUGUGUGACCAUAAUAAAACAAAUGUAUCAUAUGACUGUUAUUCUUCAGAUUUUAAGAUUAUCAUUUAUUUCCCAAAAUUUUUAUGGUUUUAACAAUUGUUGAAAGUAUUAUCAUUUCAUCAAUAAGCAAAUGAGAGAUUGUAUAAAAACUGAGAAUGUUGGUCUGCAAAAUACUUGUUCUUGUUUAUGGAUGAAAAAUGUUCUUAUGGCAUUUUCUUCUCCUGAUUUGCUAUGAAAGAGGAUUAUUUACACCACUCAUUUAAUCAUCACCCAGAUAUCAGCAACUCAGAUUAGAGGAACACUUUGCAUGUUUUUCUCUCGUUCAUCUUUCUUGAACAAUAAAACUAGAAGUCUA